GCCCCCAUUCACCUUCUCCCUCCUCCUCCGCUUCAAAACUCUCAACCUGAUCAGCUUUCUCAAUGCUCGCCUCAUCCCCAACCUCAUUUCUCCAAUACCCAUUUCAAACCACCCCACACAAACAACAGCCUCACACAAGACCACCUUGUCUUAGAUUUCGCCGGCAUAAAACCGCCGCCGCUUUUUGCACCGCAACAGGGGCACAGACGACAGAGACACAGCAGCGUCAUUUUCGGGCUCAUCGAAUGGCUUCAACUGUUUCAUUGUACGAGGUUCUUGGGAUCCCCAUGAGCUCGAGUUGCCACGAGAUCAAGGCGGCCUAUAGGAGGCUGGCAAGAAUGUGUCACCCUGAUGUGGUGGCUUUCAACCAGAAAGAAACGUCGGCCAACGAGUUCAUCAAGAUCCAUGCAGCUUAUUCGACGUUGUCCGACCCCGACAAACGGGCUAGUUAUGAUAGAGAGAUUUAUAGGUAUCGACCGCGGCCCUAUGCCUCUUCGUCGGCGGCCAUGGCGACGGCGAUGUCUGGGUUCUCGGGAUAUGCUAGCAGGAACUGGGAGACUGACCAGUGUUGGUAGCUAAAAUUAUAUAUCAAUAUAUGUAUGUGUAUUAAUAUCAUCCUGUUCUUCACUUUGACGAUUUCUGUGAUCAAUGUUUUGAGUUUGAAAGCAGAGUAGAGAGAAGUGAGAACAGGGCAAAACGAUGCCGUUUCUUUUUUGUAUGGGCAUUCCUACUUUUUCACUUUUUAGAUAGAGGGUCUCAGGGUCCUGAAAUAUGUUUUCAGGUGUAAUAUAUAUAUAUAUAUAUAUAUUUAUUUAUUUUGUAUGUCUUUUAAUCCACUUUUUGUCUUUUUGAGUUCA